CGGUUCGGAUCCUGUCAGUAGAGGGGAGCGGGAGCGGGAGCGGGAGCUGGAGCUGGGGACGUCUCGCAGCUUCUCCCCCCUCCCUCGUCUACACAGACACAGCGCCAUCAUCCUCCCUCCUUCCCUCCACCUGACCCUCGCCUCUGCUCCAAGAGAGAGGGGGUUAAAGAGAAAGGGAGAGGGAGACGGUCCCCACCCCCCAGCCCAGACAGACGGACAGACGGGCAGACGAGCCGCCAGCCCGGCAACCACCCCCUCCCUCCCUCCCUCCCUCUCCCCCCCGGCCAGCGGCCUCCUCUCCUCUCCCCUCCCCUCCGCCCGACAUGAGUCCGGCCGAUGCCAAGCGGGCCAAGCGCAGGAAGAACAAGCGGGGCGGCGGUGGCGGCAAGACGGUGAGCCGGCAGCAGAAAGCCCUGGCGCCGCCGAGCAGCGGCGGGGCCAACGGCACCUUACACGGGGAGGUUUCCAUAAAUGGCACACAACUUUCAGAUGGGUCUGUGGGAUCAGAGUUCACAGGGGCCCCUCAGACACCCUUCACCUUUGGACUGGGUCAGAGGGCACCGUACUCAACCGGGGAACGAUGUCUUCUAUGUCGAAGUGAACGCAAAGACUCUUCACUUUCUGAGAGUGGGAUUACAAACCCAAACAAAAUGGCACUUUCUACAUCUCCAAAAACAAACAGCAUAUUGCACCUUCCGCUUUGGGUGUGUCCGGACUGCAGGCGUACUGUUGAAAAGGAUGAUCGGCAGGUUUCACUGGAGCAGUCAUUGGUGAAUCAAGACUUCUUAUUGCAUAUGCCAAUGGCUAAUAAUGGAGCACCCCAGGACUCGAUAGGUGGAAGACUGGCUGUUGGAGCUCAAUCAGUACCUGGUACAGAUGUCAAUGCCCCUGCAACUUCGGAUAUAGCUUGCAACUGUGAGGCAUGCAAUGAGCGCAGAGAAAUAUCAGCAGAGAAUGAGCGAGAAUCUCAGCAGCUUCAGCAUUACUGGUCAGAGGUACGUUACAUGGUUCGAUGUAUUUAUCGCCAAGCCGGGACGCCGUUGGCUGAUGAUCAGGACCAGUCACUGGUUCCAGACAAGGAAGGAAUGAAAGAAUUGGUAGACAGGUUAUGUGAACGUGACCCCUAUCAGUUGUACCAACGUUUGGAGCAACAGGCUAGGGAAUACGUUCUGGAAAUGAAGGUACGCUUGCUUCGACAUCUGUCACUGGGAUCCAAAGUAACCACAGUGGUGCAGGGCCCACUGCAGGCUCAUCAGUUCAUCUCACUCCUGUUGGAGGAAUACAGUGCACUCUGUCAAGCUGCUCGCACAAUCAGCACCUUCCUCACCACGCUGGAAAGUGAACAUUUGAAGAAAUUCCAAGUGACGUGGGAACUUCAUAAUAAGCACCUAUUUGAAAACUUGGUAUUCUCUGAGUCACUUCUGCAAAGUAGCCUACCAUCACUCGUAGCACAACUACGGCUUGGUACAGCAUCUCACGACACGUACAGUGAGGACAUGUAUAGUACAUUACUACAACGGUACCUCCAGAUGGACCAGGACAUGAGACGAGUUGCAGCAGAGUGGCUAGAAUGCCAAAAACGAAUAGAUGACUAUGUGGAUGAACAGAUGGCAAUGAAAACCAAACAACGCAUGCUAAAGGAUGAUUGGGAGUUCUUCAAACAGCGCCGGUUAUUAGAAGAACAGCUUACAAACAGCAAGAAAGCACUAACUGGAGAAAAUAAUUUCACAGAUACAAUGAGGCAUAUGCUAUCAUCGCGACUCAGCAUGCCUGAUUGUCCCAACUGUAACUACAGACGCAGGUGUACCUGUGAUGACUGCAGCCUCUCUCAUAUACUCACAUGUGGCAUCAUGGAUUCACCCAUUCCUGACGAUCUUUCCAUCAACACGUUACCAUUGCAAGUAGAAGCGGCGCCAGAUUACCUCACGGAAAUCUGUCCGCCCAGCAUGUCAUCUGCAAGCUCGGGGUCGGGUUCGAGUUCACCCAUCACCAUUCAGCAACAUGCACGGCUCAUUCUUGCUGAUAGCAACGCAGCUCACACUUUUGGCAGUGACGAUGAAGACGUGACUCCUUUAUCAGCAAAAUUUGCUGACAUAUACCCACUUAACAGCUACGAUGAUGCAGAAGUUGUCGCCAACAUGAAUGGCAUCCACGGCGAACUCAAUGGUGGGGGUGAAAACAUGGCAUUAAAGGAUGAGUCUCCCCAGGUAAGCAGCACCAGCAGCAGCUCUUCAGAGGUUGACGAUGAAGAUGGUGAUGACGGAGAGAGCAGCAGUGAACCCCCUGUGUCGCACACGGAGGAAAUGCCUGGAAAGAGAGGGGCCAGAAAGGAAGCAGUGAGGGACAGUCCACCACCGUCCUAUCCCAGUCAGCAGGCUGACCAGGUCCAGAACGUUUGUGAAUGCCACGUCUGCAAGCAAGAAGCCUCUGGCCUGAGUACAUCUGCUCUUGCAUCCGGGCGCCUUCCCAGCGGCCACCAGUUUUUACCCACGGAGAAGCCUUCGCAUCCCGCUCUUCACCUCUACCCGCACAUCCAUGGGCAUUUACCACUGCACACCAUCCCUCACCUGCCUCGGCCUCUCCUCCAUCCUACCCUGUACGCAACAACUCCUCCAUUCACGCACAACAAGACUCUCCAGUCAGCACCACCUCCCAGUCACACAGGCAAAAAUCAGGUUUUCAGCGCAUCUCUCCAGGACCACAUCUACCAGAGCUGUUUCGGCAGCACUGACUGGAACAACCCACUCCUCACGUCCCACAAAUUGGCAAGUCUCUGGGGAUCGGAACUAAUAAAUGGCGAUAAACCAUGGAAUCCUGCUGCUUUCCUUCCAGAAACGCUAUCUGGUGACAUUUUGCGGUCACCACUCCCAGAGAUUAGGCCAGAAGCACUUCCCCCUACAACCAGUACAGACACCGUUGUCAUGGACACCAAGGAGAAAAAACCUGCAGCAAGGAAAAAAUGUCUCUACAAUCCCCCCACCGCCAUGGAAACCAACAAAGUCAUCAUGGCAACCUCCUCAGCCACAUCUUCUGUCUCAUCUACAGCCACUACUGUGCAAUCUAGUUCCAAUCAGUUUAAGGUUUCAUCAAAAAGACCUACAUCACUAGGUGAGGUGUUCCACAAUUUAGGUAAAGAAGAUCACAGACAUCCCACACCAGUCGCACCUAGGAACAGCCCCACAGGUUUAACAUCUCUUCCAUCUCUCACGCCCACGCCGCUGUCCCCUGCCUCUGCACCUCACAUGCCUAACCUUGUGACUUCACCUUUUCCAAAGACAGCUUCAACUGCCCCAGGUUUUAUCGAUCCCCAUUCUGGGCUCUGUCCAACCUCCACUGCACCCCCUGCAGUUACUGCAGAAAGUUCAGUGAGUGCAUCAGCCAGCGUAUGCAGUGACCCUGACUGCGAAGGACACCCGUGUGCGAGUGGCAAUGUGUACGAUCAUCAGCAGUUUGAUGGUGAAGAGAGUCAGGACGAAGAUAGCUGCUCAGAACAUAGCUCUAGUACCUCAACGUCAACCAACCAGAAGGAAGGAAAAUACUGUGACUGCUGCUACUGUGAAUUCUUUGGUCAUGGCGGGCCACCUGCCGCACCAACGAGUAGGAACUAUGCAGAGAUGCGGGAGAAGCUCCGCUUACGGCUCACCAAGCGCAAGGAGGAGCAGCCAAAGAAAGCAGACCCCAUCCUCGAGAAAGAGCAGAUAGUAGACCAUAGAAAAGUGGAAGACCUAUUACAGUUCAUAAACAGCACAGAAUCGAAACCAGUCAGCAGCUCGAGGGCAGCUAAACGGGCACGGCACAAGCAGCGAAAGCAGGAAGAGAAGGCUCGUCUCGAGGCCGAGGCCCGUGAGAGAGAACAGUUGCAACUGCUGGAAGAGCAGAGGCAGCGGGAAGAGGAGGAGCGAAUAAAACAAGAGUUGCAACGGCUUCAAGAGCUGCAGCAAAUCCGGUCGGCCAAGAAAAAGAAAAAAGAAAGAACUAAAGAGUCCCUGAAAGGCGAGUGUCUUCUGCAAAACGCACGGCUAAAGGAAGCCGCCGUAGAUCUGAUGAACGAUAGCGGCAAAUCCCAGCAGCCGGAUCCUGCAACAAAACCCAACAGCUUUCCCCCCGGGCAGGCAAACGGCAAGGAAGAGCAAAGAGCGGAGCCGGAACCUAGAGCACCUCAGUUGGUGCCUGCCAAUGGGAAGGACCUCAGAGUGACCCAAGCCCCAGCUCAACGGGAGUGGAAGGUCAAGCAGCCCGAGACCAACAGCAGCCCCGACCCCACAGCAGUACAAAACGAAGUCAAUAGCAAGCAGAAGUUAAAAUCGCAGGCAAUCAAACCAAGUAUUGAACGGCACUCAAAGCCGGCCGAGGGCUUCAGACCCUGCGACGUGCACCAGAGACCCUCGGCCAAGUGCCAGCCGGAUCUGGGAGCACCCAAACCAAAGCUGCCCGAGUGCCAAAUGUUAACGGAGCAGAAGAAGGAGGAGAGGAAAGGAGUCAACGGCAAUGGGAGGAAGCUCAACCACGUGAAGGAAGACCGGGUACCGUCAGAGUAUGAACCUGCCCCUUCCAGCGAUCAGCAGCAUGUUAACAAAAACACAGCAGAAUCGCCCCAGCCCAAAGGAAAGACCAAGAAAAAUAAGAAGAAGAAAAGCGACAAGCUGAACAACUCCAUCGGAACAUUAAUCAGUAACGCAAGUGAUUCACGUGCAUUGAGACGUAAGAGACCGCAGAUGCUGGAGUCUUCAGCAAAAUACACAGAUGAUGUGUUCCUACCUAAAGACAUCGAUUUGGACAGUGUAGAAAUGGAUGAAACCGAGAGAGAAGUUGAAUACUUCAAGAGAUUCUGCUUAGAUUCAGCCCGACAAACCAGACAGAGGCUCUCCAUCAACUGGUCCAACUUCAGCUUGAAGAAAACCACGUUUGCUGCUCACUGAUCAGAUGACAAGUUCCCUCUGAAGGAACCAACGUAUGACUCCUCCGAAUAUUCUCACUUGGAUACACAGUACUCUGCUGCACUGAGAGCUCACCAGGUUGUUGACCCUGGACCUGCCUUGCCUUCCCCAUCUCCCCUGCCCCCUCCAUUACCAUUCCCCCCACCCACCGCUGUGUGAGAUUCUGCACUGGGACAGGGUGCAGAGCGCCCUGGUCCUUUUGACUUUGUUGCAGUGUAUGGAGAGAGAGAGAGAGUUGGCCAGCUGUUGAUCCACUUUCUCCUUACCUGAAAUAUUUUUUUUUUUUUUUUGUUUGCUUGUGUGUUUGUAGUCUGUGAGUGGAACUUGCUCAACAGUAGCCGCAAUCCUUUUGGGUUGCGGCUCAAGCAGCCUUCCGUCUCUGGCACUUCCGCUUUUCACGGCCCCAGUGUUCUGCCCAGGACUCCGCUCGGGUGAAGGUCAAUCUGUUUGUUCUCUCCUUCGCAUCGAUCCGUUGCAGCAUUUUACUCACAUCUUGCAUCCAGCACUGUACAUACAGUCCGACUACUGACAAGGGAAUGGACAGCAUCGGUUUUUACUCUUCCUUGAUCCGGCAUUCUCCCUCCCCCACAACGAGAAGGUCUGAACGAAGGAAACGUUCAUACUGAACUGGGCAGUGAAAACCCAGUCGCCUCCAGUACUCCUUCACAAACUCACUGUUUGAAGUGUACAAGGUUACGCUAUAUUGUGUUUGAUUUCUGACUUGUAGCCAGCUUGUGUAAGAAUACUUGCAGAAUGAAUUCAAAUGAACAAUGCUCACACUAUCGACCUGUUAUAGAGUGUAUAAUUGUAUUAACACUGAAGCCAGAACUGGCUACUUUUUUAACAUAUUGUUAAGUAAUAUUUAAAAAAAUCAUGUCUUUCUUUUCGAAAGAUGGAAUACAGUAGUAUGGCAGAAAUGUGACUGUGUGGCUUGUCUUUUUCCGUAAGUUCUUUGCGGUCUUGUAUUUCUGAGCCCACAGGAGGAAGAUGGAAAGCGAGUGGAUAAGUGGUAAGAUUUACAAAGAAUUGGAGAAGCAGAAAGGUUUGAGCACUGAGUCACAUAUCCUUUAAAAAAAAAAGUGGAACACCAGGUGGUAAAAGGGCAAUGUAUUUACACCUUCCAUUUAUAACUUCAGAACAUCCGAAGUACCAUCAAGCCAAUGAACUGUAUUGCAACUGAAUUGUGAAAAAUGCACUUUAGGUUUAGAUUUAUUAUUGUUGCGUGCACCAAGAUACAGUGAAAAGUUUUGAAUGGUAUCCGAUCAAAUCACAUAAUACUAUACGUAGAGAUAUUCAUGGUAGAUCAAAGGGAAAGACUAAACUUACCGAAUAAUGAAAGCCCUGGAUAGAGUGGAUGUUGAGAGGAUGUUUCCACCAGUGGGAGAGUCUAGGACCAGAGGCCAUAGCCUCAAAAUUAAUGGUUGUACGUUUAGGAAGAAGAUGGCGGGGGUGGUGAAUAUGUGAAAUUAAUUGCCACUGAGCUGUGGAGGCUGUCAUUGGGUAUUUUUUAUGGUGCAGAUUGACAAGUUCUCAAUUAGUGAGAGUGUCAGGGGUUAUGGGGAGAAGUCAGGAGAAUUGGGUUGUUUAGUGAAGAUGGAUCAGCCAUGAUUGAAUGGUGGAGCAGUCUUGAUGAGCCGAAUGGCCUUAUUUUGCUCCUGUAACAUGUACUUAUGAACUUAUAUAGAGUCAGAAUAUUUGCUAUUUCACAUCGUUUCCACAAAUAGCAACACUGAGUUGAUUAUGUUUUUAAAUUGAUGUUGCUUGGGGGAUUGAAAAAAAAGUUGUCCAAGCGUACGCCAACUCCUCUGCUCGAAUUCAAAGCAGUGUUUUGGAUCUUUAAUACCUAACUGAAGGAAAACAGUGCUUCAUUUCAACAUGACAAAGGAAUUUUCCUUGGACAAUGCACCAGCCCCUUGGCAGUGUGGCUGCCUGGAUUUUGUGCUGAGCUCCCUCAAAUGGAACUUAAUCCCACAAUGUUGAGCUGCAAGACGAGCCACUGGUUCCAACUAAAGAUGCGUCUUGACUCUAUUUUUCAAAUGGACACAUGGAUAGUAUGCACAAAAAUCAUUUGGCUGCACCUUUCCUUCAGCACUUUGUGUUUUGCUCAAUCGUUUGGUUGGCCUGACCAGUAUAGAGUGCAGAAAACAAGGAACAGCAGAUGCUGGUUUACAAAAAACGACAAAGUGUUCGAAUAAAUCAGCAGGUCAGGCAGUGUCUCUGGGCACAACAGUGAUGCAGCAGGGGUGGCCCGGUGGUGCAGCGGUAGAGUUACUGCCGUCCGCGCCAGAGACCCUGGUUCCAUGCUGACCUCGGGUGCUGUCUGUGUGGUGUUUGUACGUUCUUCCUGUGACCACAUGGGUUUUCUCCGCAUAGUCCGGUUUCCUCCCACAUUCCAAAGAUGGGAGGUUUGUAGGUUAAUUGGCUUCUGUAAAUUGUCCCGAGUGUGUGGGAUAGUGCUUGUGUGCGGGGUGAUCGCUGGUCGGCGCGGACUCUGUGGACUGAAGCGCUUGUUUCCACCCUGCAUCUAUAAAGUCCAAAGAAACAUGGUUAGGUGAUGUUUUGGGUCGGGGCCAUUCUUCAGACUGAUUGCAGUGGUGGUGUGGGGGGGAGAAAGAUGGAAGAGCUCUCAUCCAGCUUCCGUUUUCCCCCCAUCAAGGCCCUCGACAAACAAUGUCUGAAGAUGUGCCCCGAACUGAAACAUCACCUAUCCAUGUUCUCCAGUAUGGAGUGCAGUUGUGGAUGUCCUUAUAAAUUAUAUCAAUGCCAAGGGAAUGUCAGGAAAACGACCAUUCAUUUCAACAGGCAGGAGACUUGGGCAUUUAGUUAUUCGCACAGUUGCUGAAUAUCAAUGGGCAGAAAAGAGGAAGUUUGGGAACUCAGACAAGCAGAAGUAAUGAUAAUUUGUAAAUAGGGAAGUAGAUAUCUAUGUGUAAGAAGUAUAAAAAAGGGGGCAGUGCAAGGAAAAUAUCUACAUAAUUACUCUGGCUGAGUGCUCUCUAAUUGAGUGCUACGAUCAAAGGACCAUCCAGAUAUCAUUGUCUUGUCUAAAACCUACUGUGCCUUGCCCUAUUCUCCCAACUUUUUUUUCCAAAAACCUUGAGCACCCACUUCAAAUUGUUGAACCAAGCCAUUUCCUUUGUGUUUUUGGGGUCAAUAGACAAUAGGUGCAGGAGUAGGCCAUUCGGCCCUUCGAGCCAGCACUGUCAUUCACUGUGAUCAUGGCUGAUCACCCACAAUCAGUACCCCGUUCCUGCCUUCUCCCCAUAUACCCUGACUCCGCUAUCUUUAAGAGCUCUAUCUAACUCUCUCUUGAAAUCAUCCAGAGAAUCUGCCUCCACUGCCUUCUGAGGCAGAGAAUUCCACAGAUUCACAACUCUCUGGGUGAAAAAGGUUUUCCUCAUCACUAUUCUAAAUGGCCUAGGCCUUAUUCUUAAACUGUGGCCCCUGGUUCUGGACUCCCCCAACAUCAGGAACAUGUUUCCUGCCUCUAGCGUGUCCAUGCCCUUAACAAUCUUACAUGUUUCAAUGAGAUCCCCUCUCCUAAACUCCAGAGUGUACAAGCCCAGCUGCUCCAUUCUCUCAGCAUAUGACAGUCCCGCCAUCCCGGGAAUUAACCUUGUGAACCUACGCUGCACUCCCUCAAUAGCAAGAAUGUCCUUCCUCAAAUUAGGGGACCAAAACUGCAUACAAUACUCCAGGUGUGGUCUCACUAGGGUUCUGUCCAAUUGCAGAAGGACCUCUUUGCUCCUAUAUUCGAUUCCUCUUGUUAUAAAGG